AUAAUAUUGCCUUGAUUAAGUGAUGAGGGAGGAGCGGGCUUUUGUAGCGGCGGAAAUCUCUCUGGGUUUGAGGACAGAUACGUCAGGUUGCUUCUUGCUCUGUGGAUCACAAAGUAGCAGACGAGUGUUGGUGGCAAACCAAAACGGGCAAAGGAUACACAGGUUUUGAAGAGCUUAAACGUCAACAUAGAAGAACGGCAGCCACAGAGAAUCAUGGCAUUUGCAGGGACGCUAAGCCAAGAGGACAUCAAAGCUGCAGUUCAGGCUUGUCAAGCUCCAGGCACCUUCAACUACAAGACAUUCUUUGAGCAAAUAGGCCUGACUGGCUCAGACCACGCUGCUGGCCAGAAAGUGUUCACAGUCUUAGACCAAGACAAGAGUGGAUACAUAGAAGAAGAGGAGCUGAAACUGUUGCUGCAGAAUUUCUCUCCAGAGGCACGGGAGCUGACUGUGACCGAGACCCGGACGCUGAUGGAAGCCGGAGAUAAGGACGGUGAUGGGAAGAUUGGCAUGGAAGAGUUCUGUGACCUCCUGAAAUAACAAGACCACAUCAUUCCCAUUUUCAACUUUCCAGAUGAUUAAGCAAUAAGACAAAAGACCAUGAAAGAGUUGUACCUACCUUUCCACUUACC